GCGCAGGCUCCAGUCUCUCUCAUCCACAGUGGCAGCAGGGUCACACUAGAAACUUCUGUGGCUAGCUAGGACUUCUCAGGUGAAAUCCAUUUCCCCUUCCCCCUGCCUUUUCUCAUUCUUUUCAAGAAACAUUCUCGUAGACAUUGUGCUGGUCAGUCCUGGGAAGGCUCUGUUGCUGAGAAGGCUAGCUCCUGGCUGUGAUAUUAUAUUGCAGUCAUGGCGCCCAAGAAGAAGAAUGUCAAAAAGAGCAAGGUUGAUAUCAAUGAGAUGACCAUCAUCGUGGAAGAUGGUCCUCUCAGCAAGCUGAACGGCUUGAACGGUCUUUUGGAAGGAGGGAAUGGCUUCAGCUGUGUCUCGACUGAGGUUUCCGAUGCUCUCUACAGUCCCAACCUUUUGGAAGGGCUGUGCAGGAUGAGGAUGGAGAACUUUCUCUGUGAUUUAGUCAUCGGUACCAAAACAAAGUCUUUCGAUGUCCACAAGGUGGUGAUGGCUUCCUGCAGUGAUUACUUCCACAACAUCUUGAAGAAAGAUCCAUCAACUCAGAGAGUGGACCUCAACGAUGUAUCUCCCCUGGGCCUAGCUACCGUCAUUGCAUAUGCCUACACAGGAAAGCUCACUCUCUCGCUGUAUACUAUAGGUAGCAUCAUCUCCACAGCCAUCUACCUUCAGAUUCAUACCCUUGUGAAGAUGUGCAGUGAUUUUCUGAUGCAAGAAAUCAACGUGGAGAAUUGCAUGUAUGUUGCCAACAUUGCAGAGACAUAUGGACUCAAAACCACCAAGGAAGCAUCUCAGAAAUUCAUUAGAGACAACUUCAUUGAGUUUUCCGAAUCGGAUCAGUUCUUAAAGCUCACUUUUGACCGGAUCAAUGAACUUCUUGCAGACGACGACUUGCAGUUGCCUUCUGAACUCGUUGCAUUCCAAAUUGCAACGAGAUGGCUGGAAUUUGACCAAAAAAGAGCGAAAUAUGCUGCGGAUCUGUUGAGCAACAUUCGCUUUGGUACCAUCUCUGCCCAAGACCUGGUGAAUUAUGUUCAGACUAUACCAAGAAUGAUGCAAGAUGCAGAUUGCCAUAGACUUCUAGUAGAUGCCAUGAAUUACCAUUUGCUUCCCUACCACCAGAAUACAUUGCAGUCUAGGAGAACAAGGAUUCGAGGAGGAUUACGGGUCCUGGUUACGGUUGGGGGACGCCCAGCUUUAACAGAGAAAUCCCUUAGCAGAGACAUUUUAUACAGAGACCCUGACAAUGGGUGGAAGAGGCUUACUGAGAUGCCUGCUAAAAGCUUCAACCAGUGCGUCACCGUGAUGGAUGGAUUCCUCUACGUGGCAGGUGGAGAAGACCAGAAUGAUGCCAGGAAUCAGGCUAAGCAUGCGGUCAGCAAUUUCUGCAGGUACGACCCUCGUUUCAACACAUGGAUUCACCUGGCCAAUAUGAAUCAAAAGCGCACCCAUUUCAGCCUGAACGUGUUCAACGGUCUCCUUUUCGCAGUGGGCGGCCGCAACUCAGAAGGGUGUCUCUCUUCGGUCGAAUGUUAUGUCCCGGCAAUUAAUCAAUGGCAAAUGAAGGCCCCUCUGGAGGUGGCUAGGUGCUGCCAUGCUAGCGCAGUCAUAGAUGGUAGGAUCCUGGUCACCGGAGGCUACAUCAAUAACGCUUAUUCCCGCUCUGUUUGCAUGUAUGACCCGGCUAGCGACAGCUGGCAAGACAAGCCCAGCCUGAGCACCCCUAGAGGGUGGCACUGCGCCACUUCCCUUGGAGAAAAGGUCUAUGUCAUGGGAGGGUCCCAACUGGGAGGCCGAGGGGAAAGGGUAGACGUGCUUCCUGUGGAGUGUUAUAGUUCUUACCCCGGCCAGUGGAAUUACGCCGCUCCUCUCCCAACUGGCGUGAGCACCGCCGGCGCUUCCAUCCUCAAUGGGAAAAUUUACUUGGUGGGAGGCUGGAACGAAAUAGAAAAGAAAUACAAGAAAUGCAUUCAGUGCUACAACCCUGGUCUUAAUGAAUGGACCGAUGAGGAUGAGUUGCCGGAAGCCACUGUCGGAGUGUCGUGCUGUACCAUUGCCAUGCCCAAUACCAAAACCCGGGAAUCCAGGGCUAGCUCAGUAUCUUCAGUGCCAGUCAGCAUUUAAGUAUUUAAAAACGUAGGUUUAGAAAGACUAGGUUAAACCUUUUUAAAAAAAUGUUUACCUUUACGUGCCUAUAGGAAGGGGUGGGUGCGGGGUGGGGGAGGCGACCUUUGCUUGCCAGUUAAUUUCGGUUCUGCAAAACCAGCCCAUUUUCAUGUAAUUGGAUAUGCAUGGUAUGACCUGAGAAAU